GUCAUUAUAAACCACGUGACACAUUUUGGACAAGAUGGCGGAUGAACUAGCUGCCAACGUGCUGAAAUAUUUAAGUGAAAAUGAGCCGAUUGACACUCAAGAUCUUGCAAAAAUAUUAUGUGUUGAUCAUCAAAAGAUAGUUGGUGUUGUCAAAAGUCUUCAAGCUUCGGGAGAUGUAAUCAAUGCUGAACAGAAGUUAAACAAAAGCUAUGAGUUGACUGAUGAAGGCAAACAAGUGGCAGAAAAUGGCAGCCAUGAAGCCCUCAUAUUCAAUGCAAUUCCAGAUGGUGGAAUUCUUCAGGCAGAACUUAUGAAAGUGGUACCAAAUGCUAAGAUAGGUUUCAGUAAAGCAAUGCAGGCAGGCUGGGUUCAGAUGGAUAAGAAAGCUGAAGGUGGACCAAAAGUUUUUAAAAAGGUAGAGAGUAUAGAGGAUACAGUACAAGAUUGUAUGAAGAGAAUACAGGAUCUGAAAUUGGAUGGUAUCACAGAUAACCAGAAAAAUGAGUACAAAAAGAGAAAAUUGAUGCAAGAAGUGAAAUUGACAAGUUAUCUGUUAUCUAAAGGUGCCAACUUCACAUUAUCUAUAGCUAAACAAGAGGUAGAUCUAACCCCAGAGAUGAUUUCAAAGGGAACUUGGAAAGAAAAAACUUUCAAGGAAUAUAAUUUUGAUGCGUUAGGAGUUAUGCCUGAUUGUGGACAUCUUCACCCACUGCUAAAAGUACGAGCUGAAUAUAGACAGAUCUUUUUGGAAAUGGGAUUCACAGAAAUGCCCACAAAUAAUUUCAUAGAGAGCAGUUUCUGGAACUUUGACACACUUUUCCAGCCACAACAACAUCCUGCAAGAGACGCACAUGACACUUUCUUUAUAUCAGAUCCUGCCACAGCACAUAGUUUCCCUAUGGAUUAUCUGGAGAGAGUGAAGAAGGUACAUUCAGAGGGAGGAUAUGGCUCACAGGGAUAUAAGUAUGACUGGUCAAUAGAUGAAGCAAAGAAGAAUAUUUUAAGAACCCAUACAACAGCUGUUACAUCAAGAAUGCUCUAUAAAGUAGCACAACAGCCUGAGUUCAAACCAGUGAAGUAUUUCUCUAUAGACCGAGUGUUCCGUAAUGAGAAUCUGGAUGCUACACAUCUUGCUGAGUUCCAUCAGAUAGAGGGAGUCGCUGCAGAUUAUGGUCUUACACUUGGUGAUCUCAUCGGAACUAUCAAUGAAUUCUUCAGGAAAUUAGGUAUCAAAAAGCUUCGCUUCAAGCCAGCAUACAACCCUUACACAGAACCUAGCAUGGAAGUGUUCAGUUAUCAUGAAGGUUUAAAGAAAUGGGUAGAGAUAGGAAAUUCAGGUAUAUUUCGUCCUGAAAUGUUGCUGCCUAUGGGAUUACCCGAAGGUGUUAAUGCCAUUGCAUGGGGAUUAUCAUUAGAAAGACCUACAAUGAUAAAGUAUGGGAUAGACAAUAUUCGAGAAUUGAUUGGUCCUAAAGUAAAUCUACAAAUGGUAUAUGAUAAUCCAUUAUGUCGACUUGACAAGUGAUCAGUAAUGUGACCUUCACCUUUAGGACCAGACGUCUUUCACAUGACAUUGUUCUGAAUGGCUACAGCAACAGGGAAUCUCCAUUGCUUUUAAACAGCUCUUUGUGUUUAACUAUCUUUAGAAAAAGAUUAUAUGAAUUAUGUUAUAGUUCUGUUUUGGUAUGAAUAAAUUUGAUUUGGAGACUUAAGAUUUGCACAAGACUGGUUUUGGAUUUCUUAAAUGUAGAAUGUUGUAAAGUUUACAAGUGCAAUUAAUUUUGAUUCCUGAUGACUGACCAUUUAAGUGUCCCUUCAAAGAAGUAAAUGUUCAAACGUUUGAAUGAUGUUGUUUUUCUUGGUAAAUGAAGUACAAUAAAACAUUAUUUUAUCUUUUUUCAUAAAAAUCAUUUGUAGGAUUGGGGAAAUAAUAAAAACAACAGACCAAAAGAAAAUAUAUGUUCAGCCUCAUUUUAUAGGAGGGAGUUAAAACAGUAUAUCAAACUAUCAUGAUAAACCUUGGCAGUAUUUCUGGACAUUAUUAAUGGAAUUUAUCCAUGUAUUUGAAUAAGAUGUUGUUUAGUUAUUAUAAAUGAAUAUGGAUUUAAUAUUGACCAUUUGACGAAAUUGUAGCCAUUGUAUAAUCUACUUCUUGAGUUUAUUAUUUUGUCAACUUUGAUGCUACUUUUAUUAGAGAAUGAAAGUUUGGAAGAUUAAUGAAUGUUUUGCUUUAUAAAGUUUUUUAAUAAAUUCAAUAUUUUAAUGACUGUAACCUUUAGUGAGACGUUUAUAUGUCAGUCUUUAAUUCUUUUCAACACCAUAAACAACAUUUUUUAUAAAUGUGCAAUAUGCAUAGGACUUUGUUAAAUAAUGUUCUACAUGUUAGGCUAUAAUUAUUGUGGAUCAUGUAAUUAUUUGUGUAGUGAACAAAAUAACUGCACAACUUUCUGUUUGAAAACAAGUAAUGAUUUUCAUUCAUUUAUUUAUUGCAUUUUUUUAUAACUCUCUGAAAUAAAACUGAAUGGUA